AUGUUGUCGGCUCCGUGUUGUGAUGACAGGAGAAUGUGUGUGUGUCCCGGGCCCAGACGAAUUGGAAUCCCAGUCAGAAGUUCCAGCUUGCCACUGUUCUCUGAUGCCAUGCCAGCACCAACUCAACUGUUUUUCCCUCUGAUUCGUAACUGUGAACUGAGCAGAAUCUAUGGCACUGUGUGUUACUGCCACCACAAACAUCUCUGCUGCUCACCCCCUUAUAUUCCACAGAGUCGCCCAAGAUACACACCCCAUCCGGCGUAUGCUACCUUUUACAGGCCAAAGGAGAGCUGGUGGCAGUACACCCAAGGAAGGAGAUAUGCUUCCACGCCGCAGAAGUUUUACCUCACACCUCCCCAAGUCAAUAGCAUCCUGAAAGCUAAUGAGUACAGUUUCAAAGUGCCAGAAUUUGAUGGCAAAAAUGUCAGUUCUGUCCUUGGAUUUGACAGCAAUCAGCUGCCCGCAAACGCACCCAUUGAGGACCGGAGAAGUGCAGCAACCUGCUUGCAGACCAGAGGGAUGCUUUUGGGGGUUUUCGAUGGCCACGCAGGCUGUGCUUGCUCCCAGGCAGUUAGUGAAAGACUCUUUUAUUAUAUUGCUGUCUCUUUGUUACCCCAUGAGACUUUGCUGGAGAUCGAAAAUGCCGUGGAGAGCGGUCGAGCCCUACUACCUAUUCUCCAGUGGCACAAGCACCCCAACGAUUACUUCAGUAAGGAGGCAUCCAAGUUAUAUUUCAACAGCUUGAGGACUUACUGGCAAGAGCUUAUUGACCUCAACACUGGGGAGUCGGCUGAUAUUGAUGUUAAGGAGGCUUUGAUUAAUGCUUUCAAAAGGCUUGAUAAUGACAUCUCCUUGGAGGCUCAAGUCGGUGAUCCCAAUUCUUUCCUCAACUACCUGGUGCUUCGAGUGGCAUUUUCUGGGGCCACAGCUUGCGUGGCCCACGUGGAUGGCGUUGACCUUCAUGUGGCCAACACUGGCGAUAGCAGAGCCAUGCUGGGGGUGCAGGAAGAGGACGGCUCUUGGUCGGCAGUCACGCUCUCUAAUGACCACAAUGCUCAGAAUGAGAGAGAAGUGGAACGGCUGAAACUGGAGCACCCAAAGAACGAGGCCAAGAGUGUGGUGAAACAGGAUCGGCUGCUUGGCUUGCUGAUGCCUUUUCGGGCUUUUGGAGAUGUCAAGUUCAAAUGGAGCAUUGACCUUCAGAAGAGAGUGAUAGAAUCUGGCCCAGACCAGUUGAAUGACAAUGAGUAUACCAAGUUCAUCCCUCCUAAUUAUUACACACCUCCUUAUCUCACUGCUGAACCAGAAGUAACUUACCACCGAUUAAGGCCACAGGAUAAAUUUCUGGUACUGGCAACUGAUGGGCUGUGGGAGACAAUGCACAGGCAGGAUGUGGUUAGAAUUGUGGGUGAGUACCUAACAGGCAUGCAUCACCAGCAGCCAAUAGCCGUUGGUGGCUAUAAGGUGACUCUGGGGCAGAUGCAUGGCCUUUUAACAGAACGGAGAGCUAAGAUGUCAUCAGUGUUUGAGGACCAGAAUGCAGCAACCCACCUUAUUCGCCAUGCUGUGGGCAACAAUGAGUUUGGGGCUGUUGAUCAUGAGCGCCUUUCCAAAAUGCUUAGUCUUCCCGAAGAGCUUGCUCGGAUGUACAGAGAUGACAUUACAAUCAUUGUAGUUCAGUUCAAUUCUCAUGUUGUAGGAGCAUAUCAAAACCAGGAACAGUGA